UGCCGCCGGUCCAACCAACUUGGACAACAUGCCGCUUUCGAGCAAGUCGCGCCACAGCAACUUCCCCGGUGUCUGGACCUAAGCGCUCGUCUCCUCGACGGGAGCGCGACCGACGCGCGGCGCACGUCGAAUGCCGGGAACCUGAAAUGCGGACGUGGCGCACCUGAGGAACUGGACGCUGUUCGGAGGAACCCGCAACUUUCACAAAGAGGCAUUUUUCUCUUUUUAUUCGGGACUCUCCCCAGGACGCGUUGUCACAAUGGGUUCGCCGUGGACGGUCGUCUGCACGUUGCUCCUGGCCUGCUGCUGUGGCUCCGGGGCCGCGAGCCCCGACAGAUGCGACGAAGUGCGCAAAGUUUUCCAACUCAGGCAAAUUGGACCAAACCAAUUAUUGCCGCUGAGUCCCAGAGCAGGUUCAGACCUUCACGUGUGCAUGUCCAAGAACCUGACCUGUUGCACCAAAAAGAUGGAGGAGAGGUACCAGCUGGCGGCCCGGAGAGACAUCCAGAACCUGCUCCAGAUGUCCAGCACCAGCCUGAAGUUUCUCAUCUCACGCAAUGUGGCCACUUUUCAAGAGACCUUCGAGGUUCUGAUGAGGCAUGCGGAGAAUCACACUAAUGCCGUCCUCCAGGGGUUGCACCACAGCAUGGCAGAUCAGGCCGUGGGCCCUGUGCGGGAGCUCUUCACCGACAUCAGUCUCUUCCUACUGGGGUCCGAGCUCAGCGUUGACGAGUUAGUGCAGCGAUUCUUCGACGCCCUCUUCCCGCUGGUCUACAACCACCUCAUCAACCCUGGCCUCAGUGAAAUAUCUCCAGGUUAUGCCGAGUGUGUCAGGUCUUCGAGACGCGACGUGAGACCGUUCGGUGGGGCGCCCAGCCUCCUGGCGGAUCAGAUCGCUCGCUCCGGGGUCUCUGGGAAGCUCCUUCUUCAGGCGCUGCACCUCGGCAUCGAGGUCAUCAACACUACAGACCACUUGCAGCUGAGCCGCGAGUGCAGACGGGCCCUGCUCAAGAUGCACUACUGUCCCCACUGCCAGGGCUUAACCCAGUCCAAGCCCUGCAUGGGCUACUGUCUCAACGUGAUGCGGGGCUGUUUGGCCAGCAUGGCCGAAAUCGACGCCCACUGGAGGGAGUUUGUCCGCUCGCUGGAGGGCCUGUCGGCGCGGAUGCACGGACCUCAGGAUUUAGAGCAAGUGCUACUGGGAGUUCACGCGCUGCUCCGCGAUGCUGUCGGACAUGCUCAGAAGAAUGGACCCCGCCUCUCGGCACAGGUGCACAGGCUUUGUGGCCCACCAAGCAGGAGGUCCACACAGUCAGUCAGCAUCCAGCACAGCAGCAGCAGCAGCAAAGAAUCCAUCCCUCUCAAAGCUCCUGUUAGAGUGUUAGGAGAGUCGCUUGCUGUCAGGAGAAGGGACUUUCUGAGCAGUCUACGUCACUAUCGUACCUACUACGGUGGCCUGGCAGAUCAGCUGUGUGUGAGUGAGCUGGUGUUGGGUGACGGGCUGUCCUGCUGGAACGGAACUGACGUCGUGAAAAGCUACACCCUCCGUGUGGUCGGAAACGGGAUCAAAGCUCAGAGUGUCAACCCUGAAGUCAAAGUCAAGGCAGCAGAUCCUGUGAUAAAUCAAAUCAUCGACAAACUCAAACACAUCAAUCAGCUGUUGCAGGGAAAGUCCAUUCCUAAACUGGGGUCACUGGACCAGAUUGAAACCGGCAGCGGAGACGGGGAGGGACAUUACAGCGGCGACUGUGACGACGAGGACGGUUGUGACGGCUCAGGUGGUGGCGAUGGGGUCAAGAGGAAAGUCUCCAGAGUCUCCGAAACGAGUCCAGAUGUGACCGGUGAUCACAAACACCAUCAUCAUUAUCAUCAUCAUCCACCUGUCGAGGACGCAGAAAUGGAGGGCAGAGCCGGGGGCCCUGGACUGACGGGAGCCAUCUGGGUCCUGAUAUUGCCUUGUUUACAUAUGCUCCUGGCCUUGUAACAGCUGCCUUUUUUUGCAGCAUGAAACUUUCAAGACUUGAUUCCAAGCUUAUUCAUCCAGGAAUGAAAGGUCCGGUGGACGUGAUGUGCUCCAGUGUGUAAUGGAGCACAUCACGUCCACACACAGUGCAGAACACGGCAGGAGUGGAGAUGACAAGACACUGGGGCUUCUGUGAGACGGCGUAUGACUCAGCUUUGCAAAUAUUUACCGUCUAGUUUUUAUUUUAUCAGUUACCUAGUUAUCUUUAACACUAAUAAUGACUUAUAACAGCCAAUUUCACAAAUAACUUCAGCAUACAUGAUAAAAGCUACAUUGUAAUAGUUUGGUAUCGAUUUAAUGAUCUGUAGAUACAUUUUCGUGUUUGAAAAUUGUAGAAAAAACUAUCUCCACAGGUCUCACAUUUGCAAUGUUCUUACAACCGCAAAUCAAAAACGUCCUGUUGUUCUUAUAACACGUGAGGAAUCACACCUGUUCGUAAGCCUGUUGUUGGUUAUUUUGCCGUUGUUUUUCAUCAGGCAAUGUCAUGCAAAGUUCCUUCAAAUUGUGCUUCAGAGCGUCGUGGAAAACCUACAGUCAGCUGGCGGAUGUGUGCUUUAUGUUCUUAUGCAUUUUUCCGAUACUGCAGGAGCAAAUAAGAAUUCAAGACCUCUGCUUCCUUCCACUUGUAGUAGCCACCAUGCUGUUCGGGGCCCAUUUAAUUGGUGUAUUUCAAUUGCAAAAUUGACCUAUAAUGCUACUGCUGAGAGACGCGGUGAAAGUAGAGGGCAGGCAGGAGGAAGUGAGGGGUACGUAAGAGAAUUCAUACUCCUUUCUUCUCUCAGAAAUAGAUUAGUUUCCUCGGGAGUCUAUUAUCAUCUUUCCAACUCAAUCCUCCUCUGGCUUCACGGGCCUGGAUGGGUGCUGAUAGCUCCUGGAGCCACUGGUGAGGAAGAAUCCAUUUGCUUCUACCUGCUACAGUGCCCGACUGCUUAGUGCGGCUGUGCUGCUGGCAGACUUUCUGCGGAGGUAAAAAGCUAAAUGAUAUGUCUCACGUAUGACGAGCGUGAGAGAGGACGGUGCUCGGUGGCAGCGGGCGAUUGGCUCUUUGGGCCACAUAUGCUGGAGAGCUACUUGUAGAGCUAAAAAAGAAAAAUUGUCUUUUGAGAUUCUGUAGAAGUAACAAUGAUUCUCUUUUUAUAGCCAACUCUUCAUCACCAUCCAUGUACUGUACAUUCGUGCAGUACAUUUCAUAGAAAUGAACAAGGGAAAACAUUAAAGCUGCUACUGUAAAUAGACCCCAUUGUAAAAAGGAACUGAGACAUUCCAUUUUUUUUUAUUUCUAUAUGGGUGCAAGUGUACAGAAAGAUUUGUACCAUCUCAUAGUGUAAUAGCAGUAAAACAAUUUAUAAUGAUGAACACAUUAUUAUGGAGAUGAUGUGACCUUAAUUUAUGUUAUAUAUUGCAAUUAAUUUAUAUGUAUAAAUGUGUGUGUGUGUGUGUGUGACCCGUGAGCAUUUAGUAUUCUGCUCAUCUCAAUGUAGAACUGAACAAUGCAAAGUGCAAAUUGGAUUUCAUGUUUAAAUCAUCUCCUUUAUUUUUAAGCAGCUGCAGCUUUUUAUUUUCCAGCCAAAGGUAUAAUCUCCUCAGGUACUGUUUCAUGAAAAAUAUGAUCAUUUAAAAAAAAACCUGCGACCUUCCUCGUGCUGCAGUUGUCCUUAAAAAUGCACAGUAAUUGUUGUCAUUAGUCAUUUUCACCGAUAAUACACCGGGUUAGGCUUUUAUCAUGAUAUAUUGAAAUUUAAGCAUCUGAACCACUCGAGUGGCUCAGAGAUUUUUCUCCCCGCUACAUCUCAAGGUGUAGAAAUGAUAACCUAGAUUAAUUAUACUCCUCAUUUUCUACUGUACUUUCACCAUAGUGUCUCGUCUGUGAGGCUUUUGUCCAGUCACAACCCCUGGGCUAAACCAUUCAUAUCCCACGUAGGCAUUAUUAAAGUUGGAGCUAUUGUCAUUCGAACAACUGCGUUAAUGAUACCAUUAAAGAAUAGAGUUCAUUCUCUAACUAGACAAUGGGCAUCGCGACAGCAGGCACGGACACAGAGGUGCCGUGAGGCUGAAUGUUACACAGGUUCACCUGCACCUAAAGGAGAGGGUUCCGUUUUUAUGUCUCCUGUGAUUAUUAUAAAUUCAUAUUGAGACGACACUGCACCCACAUCCAGACUGGUGUCGUCCUGUCGCCUCUGCAAUGUGUCAGAACCCGUCAAAUAACAUGUUUACUGUCCAAUAUUCAGUUUGGGGAGUAAAUGUGUCAUUUGAAAAAAAUGAAAAAAGGUCUUUAAAGGAAAACUGCUUCGAGCUUGGAUUGUCUGUUGAAUCUGUUAUAACAUUGUAGUUACAGAAGUAAUUGCUGAGAUCUUGAAACACGGUGAGGCUGUAAGUUCCUGGCCAAAAUUCUACCUACACAACUUGUCACAGUUGAGCGCAUUUUCCCGUCCAAAGAUAGCAACUUUCAGUUUUACCUCCAAACAAUGUUGUCGUGUUUACAACAUGACUCUCUGUCUGCUUGUAUUAGUUUAUUCUUCAAACUCCAUUGAUCGUAUAUAGAUAGAUAUCAGUCAGUGAGGUAGCUCAGCUUCGUGGCCUCCUUCUCGACAGUGUCCUGAGGCUUUGGAUUGCCAUCCAUCCCCCUUUCUUUUCUUUUUUUUCUUUCUUGCUUCUGGUUCAGCUCAUAGCUGCUUCGAGGGGCGAGCGGAGCGGCCGGCCCAUCCCUUUUGUCAGAUAAUAGCCAUGGCUGACCCGCUGGGACUUGUAAUCCGGGGUUUCACGUUUUCCCGUGGCUUUAAAAUGAUUUUCUUCCCCAAUAUAAAUCACUGCUUUUCCUUGAAACGUGCGAACUCCUGCUGUAACUCACACUUGAGUUGAAAAACAAACAACAAUUAGGAGUUUGUGUUAGAAAACAUGGUGUAUAUUUCUUUCAUGCCAAUUAUUUGAAAAAUUAUAUAAGAUGACCUGUUAAUACUUUUUUUCUUUUUUUUUUAAAUAAUACAAAUAAAGAUUAUACAACAAUUCCUGAUGA